AUGGUUGCCAGAGUAAGUGACUUUGGUAUAUCUAAACUCUUGACAACGCAUGAUCCAGUGGCACUGACGAAGACCUUGGGCACCAUUGGCUACAUGGCACCAGAGUACGGGUCAGAAGGGAUAGUGUCAACAAUGGGGGAUGUUUACAGCUACGGCAUUUUAUUGAUGGAAACCUUCACAAGAAAGAAGCCAGUAGCUGAUGAAUUUGUUGGAGAGCUUACCUUGAAGAGAUGGGUUGUGGAAUCACAUCCUCAUAGGGUCAUGGACAUUGUGGACGCCAAUUUAUUUUCAAGAGAUGAACAUUUGAUAGCUAUUGAAGGUUGUUUGAGAUCGGUAUUGGAAGUAGCUCUUGAAUGUACUGUGGACUUGCCCCAAGACCGAAUUACCAUGGAUAAUGUCCGCGUUGGAGGAGAGGUAAAUCAUUUGCCAGAUAAUCCAACUAUGGCGCAAAUUAAGAAUCACAGAAAACAGGUUGCAAAAAACUUUAAAGCUCUCUCUUGCAUACAAUUAGCACUUUCGAAAGUAAUUUUCGCUAGAGUUAUGGCGAGUGAGACUGCAAAGAAGGCUUGGGACAAGUUGAAAGAAGAAUUUCACGGAAGUGACAAGAUUAGGCAAAUAAAAGUGAUAAAUCUGAGAAGAGAGUUCGAAAUUCUAGAAUGA